AACUCAAAGUCCCCUCCUCGUCAGUCGUGUCGUGUGUGUUUAUGGGGACUGAUCAAACUGCGGAAAGAGGAACUGCAGUGAGAAUGAACAAUCUGUGCACCAUACAGCAACUAAACGCGGAGCCGGAGCCGGACCAUAUAAAGACUCUGCGUCUGACUCUUCGUGAGGAUCACUCUCCAGAGAGGGGGGAUUCCACCAAAGUAAAGCCAGUAGGACGAGCUUUUGCCCUUAUUUCUUCCCGACCUUUCCGUGGUACCCAGCCCCUAAACUCUGAGCUCAUCAAGUCCAAAGAUGGAGAUGAAGAGAUAAUAAAGGUCUAUUUGAAAGCUAAAGCUGAAAACAAAGCCAACCAUGAGUGGAGUGUCAACCAAUUAAAAAAUGAAGUGCGGCAGAUCCAGGAGGCUCGUACUUCAAUCAAAAUUCUCAGAGAAGAUUUUGCUUCUGUAUCUUCUAAAUAUAGAGAAAAUGAUCUGCAGUCGAACAAGCAGGUGGAGUUGCUGAAUGGGGACAGACACUAUGGAGACAGCUGGAGGGAAGCUCCAUCGACAGAAGAGAUUGAAGACUUCCCAUUAGACAAUGGGAAGAACCUGCGAGAAACAGCUCAGAAGUUGUUUUACAAGCUUCAGGAGGCAGAGAGAAGACAGCAGGAUGAAAGGAGGCUAUAUGAGGACAAGCUGAGCCGAUGUCAGCAGGAGGCUGAACAGAGCAAUAGAGCUCGCAAGGAGGCUGAAGAGACUGCAACAGAACGGCAGAGAGAGGUGGAGGAGCUCAGGAGAUUAAUGGGAAAUAUGGAGAAGGAGCAUAAAGAUCUACUGCAGAAGAUGAAAGAGAAUGAGCAAGAGUUAGAACAUGAGAAAGGAAAGAAUCAGCAGGAUGGUCCUCUGAAGGAAAGGUGUGAGGAACUGGAGAAGACUGUAUCAGGGCUCAGAGAGAAGAUUCAUCACCUAGAUGACAUGUUGAAGAGUCAGCAGCGCAAAGUCCGCCAAAUGAUUGAACAGCUUCAGAACUCUCGGACAGCAAUGCAGGAAAAAGAUUCUCUCAUCCAGGACCUGCAGGAGAAAGUGUCAUGGCUGCAGGCAGAGAAUCUAGAACUCCAGGACAAACUGGAACAUUUUCGGUCUUCCCAACCUGGACAAAUGCCUUUUACUUCAAGAAACUACUCUAGGCCCAACAUGCAGAAUGUGAAACGUGUGUAUAUUCCCGCUGGCUCUGGAAGACCAUUACCACUUAUUAAGCUGGUGGAGACAUGAGUUGAGAGGCGUAUUAUUACUGUGGACUGAAGCUGGCACAGUGCCUAUCUUCCCUUUUUAUCCUGCCUCUUGCACUCUAGCAGACAUCGCUGGCGGUGGGCUAGGUGCAAAGAGCUUGCUCUUAUUGCUUAACUGUUUUCCCUUCUUAGAAAAUACCUCUGUGAUAGCAUCCAUCCUGUGAUCCCUGAAGAAGUUACUGAGGAUAUUAAUUACCCUGUAUGAUUGAAGGGAAUAUGUCAUGGUGUCCAGGAACCUGGAGUUCUGCUCUACAAAAAAAUAAGUCUGGAAAAUAGAACAUUCACAAAGGCUGGGUGCAUUUAACAAACUGUGUUCCAGGAUGCUUUGCACCAGAAGUUGUGACUUACAAGCCAUCAGCUAACUUAUUACUGUCACUAUAAGCAAUUAAAGGAGUAAGUGCCUUGAACAUCUCUAACUUAACACCAACAUCCCUGUUAGUGGAUGGCAGCUCGUGUCUCUUAUGGUACUAAGCUACUCUUAAUCUGUUAAAAUUGUGGUGUGCACAAGGGGGUUAUGAACAUGACAAUCCUUGCACCGCUCUCUUCAUCAGCUGCUGCCAGGAAUGCCUAUUGGUUUUUCUGCAUAGCACUGUGCAUACUGGCAUGGGUCUUCUGGUAUUUUAUACACUUUACAUACUUAGAAACACACAAAUCACAUCUGGUGUUUUCCCUGUGCCUUACUGAGAGCUUUGAAAUGUUUCUAGAGGCUAUAAACCUAAAGGUCUUAAAAACCUGCACAGAGCUUUCCAAGUCUCACAGGUCUCAUGUCCCAUAUAAAGUACAAUAACAAAUCUGAUCUGUGAUGUAUUUGCACUUAGGAGACCAGAACCUGAACAGCAUAACCCUAAAUUCCUUGCACAGUUACCAGAGCUAAAAGGCUGUGACACACUGUAAGUGAUGCGAGGCGAAGCAGCUGCUUUGCGUCGCUUCUGAAGUUCAAAUAUUUCAACUCUUAGCGCUCAGCUACCCGACCUACUGUGACUGAGCGCGCAGAGAUGAAAAGGCAGGACACACUGAGUCCGCAUAGCCGCAUCAUCACGCUGCGCACUGCUCUCAGUGUAUCACCGCCUUAACUUGUAUGGAAUGUUCUGUUAAUUUAACACUUUGUACUGUAAAUUGUUGGUGCUGAGAAACACUAGGCUAUGGGACCUUUUGUUGAGGCCUUUCCGUCUGUAAGGGUGUUUUCCCCUCCACUACAUCCUAACCUUAACGUUAGCCUGUUUGAUUAAUGGGCUUUUUCUGUAUCUUGAAUGUAUUAGAACUGAGUUGUAUAUAGUAAUCAAUAAAUUAUAUUAUAUUUA